AUGGCGGAACCUUGGAGCAUUGUCUGUCGACAAUGCAUCUCCGCUGUGUCCGACGUUCCAGCUUCCAUUUUACUUGCUUCCGUUGUAGCUACGGCUCUGGGAUUGUUUGUCCUAUUCAUUACCUUCCUAUUCUUCGUUGCGCCGACCCCGCGCGAGUCCCUACCGGAAGAAAAGAAGUAUAAGACUCUCGCCAAAGAUGGCGCUAUCACCGACCCCGAACCACUCCCCUGUUGGCUCGACGCCCUGGACGCCCAGAAGCGCGCCUCAAAGAAACCCGAAGUUGAACCCGCGGAGCUCUUCAUGUCCGUAGUCGUCCCAGCCUACAACGAAGAAGACCGGCUUGCGGGAAUGCUGGAAGAAGCUGUCAACUACCUGGAGCAUAUGUACGGCACUCUGGGCCGUGGUGAGGAGAAGGAAAAUGGGUCUGUUUCAACCCGGUCCAUGCGAAAGCGUAAGCCCGCGUCGAAUGGCCAGGCAACCAACGGUCAUGCCACGAGUACGGCUUCGGACCGCGGAUGGGAGAUUCUUAUCGUAUCGGACGGGUCGACAGAUCGCACGGAGGAAGUCGCCUUCACCUUUGCGAGAGACCAUCAGCUUUCGCUGCACCCUAAGGGCUACGCGGGACCGUGGACGCCCAAGGCUCAUGAAGGCGUGCAUAUCCCACCUGGGACGAUUCGCGUGGUCAGCUUGACUCACAACCGCGGCAAGGGCGGCGCAGUUACGCAUGGUAUGCGGCACGCCCGCGGUCGAUAUGUCGUGUUUGCCGAUGCGGACGGGGCGAGUAAGUUUGAGGAUCUUGGGAAACUCGUUACUGCGUGCCAGGAGGUCGAGGAUGUCGGUGGGCGUGGCGUGGCAGUUGGGUCGCGUGCGCACAUGGUUGGCAGCGAGGCCGUUGUCAAGCGGUCAAAGCUGCGCAAUUUCCUCAUGCAUUCUUUCCACUUGAUCUUGUGGCUCAUGACGCCGCCCAAGACUGCGACCGUCAAGGACACCCAGUGUGGCUUCAAGCUCUUCUCGCGCAACUCACUGCCCUUCAUCAUUCCCUACAUGCACUCCGAGGGCUGGAUCUUCGACGUGGAGAUGCUCAUGCUGGCCGAAUUCGCUCGCAUCCCCGUGGCAGAAGUGCCCGUCGGAUGGCGCGAGGUCGGAGGCAGUAAGCUGAAUGUCAUUCGCGACAGUAUCGGCAUGGCCUGGGGCCUAGCAGUCUUGCGGGCAGCGUGGUCGCUUGGCAUUUAUCGGCAGAAGUGA